AUGAGGAGAGGAGGACGGAGCGCCUUCUGCCGCAGAGGAAACCCGUCUGACACGCAGAUCUACCGGCAACCGGCAACCCCAGAAAACGUGCAUCCACCGGCACCUAUCCCACCCAAGCAGAACCGAGCGCUGACGGAUCCAAACCGAUGCGUCCGGCAGCCCCUGAUGCUCCGCAGCGCUCCGGGGCUUUCAGGUCGGUGGGAGAGGCUCGAGCCGCGGCCGCGCGCUAGGAUGCUGCGCCAGGUGUUGCGCGGGCCUGAGGACCUCCUUCCACGCGCUGGGCCGGUUCGUCGCGAGCCACCCGGUGUUCUUCGCCUCGGCGCCCGUGCUGCUGUCCAUCCUGCUCGGGGCCAGCUUCAGCCGGUACCGCGUGGAGGAGGACGUGGAGAGCCUGCUCGCGCCCAAACACAGCCUGGCCAAGAUAGAAGGGAACCUGGGGAUAGCCUGUUCCCCGUCAACCGAUCCAAGCACGCGCUCUACUCAGACCUGCAGACGCCGGGACGGUACGGGCGCGUGAUUGUCACCACCCGCAAGGGAAGCGUCCUGGACCCGGUUCACCUGGACCAUACUGAAGCUAUAUUGGAAGAGUUGGACACCAAACCGAUGCUGAAAACCCUCAAACAGCCUGAGUUCGGUGGCCGCUCGAUCAGGCGUCCUUGUCGUUGCCCCUCCAGGAAGACUACAUCACCAAACACUUCCUCUGCCAAGGCGUACCGUGCAGCCCUGCUGAGUUUGAUGGUGGAUACAGCCGUCAUGCUGGGCGCUCCGGAGAAAGCAGCGCUGACCCAGAUGGAAAAGGCUCUUGACUUCGAGACCAAACUGGCUCAUAUCCUGAUUCCUUAUGAAAAUCGCACCAGUGAGAAUAUGUACAACAGACACCCACUUUCUUACCUGCAACAGAACAUUCCACAGUUCGACUGGGUGGGUUUUGUAAAAGCUGUCAUGAAGUCUAAGACCGACCCGCCGCUCUCCAUCUCUUCCUCUGAACGCGUUAUCGUCCGAGCUCCUCAGUACUUCAAGGAACUUUUCAAGCUCAUUAACACGACGGAUCCAAGGACUGUAGCUAACUACGUACAAUGGAGGACAGUUUUUUCCAGAAUCACCACUUUGAGCCGCCGUUUUCUCUACAGAUACCUGGACUAUGCUCGGGUGACCACAGGAACCACCUCUCUGACCCCACGCUGGGAUAAGUGUGUCAACUAUGUGGAGAAUUCACUUGUUUAUGCCACUGGGCGCCUCUUUGUCAACGCUCAUUUCCAGGAGGACAAGAAACACAUGAUGGAGGAGUUGAUUGACGGCAUUCGCUGGGCGUUCAUGGACAUCCUGGAGAAAGAGAACGACUGGAUGGAUGAAGAGACGAAGCUGAAAGCGCUGGAUAAGGCUCAUGCUGUCCUCGCUAAGGUCGGUUACCCCGAGUUCAUUCUCAAUGACACCUACCUCAAUGAAGAUCUAAAGCAGCUACAGUUCAAUGAGAGGGACUAUUACGGGAAUGUGAUGCAGACACUGAAGUUCAUCGCCCAGUCGGACCUCGCUUGGCUUCGAAAGAGUGUCCCACGUAAAGAAUGGUUCACAAACCCCACAACAGUGAACGCCUUCUACAGCUCCUCAACAAAUCAGAUCAGAUUCCCGGCUGGAGAGCUACAAAAACCCUUCUUUUGGGGGGUGGAAUAUCCAAGGUCUUUGAGUUACGGUGCCAUUGGUGUCAUAGUUGGACAUGAGUUAACACAUGGUUUUGACAAUAAUGGCCGUAAAUACGAUAAAAACGGAAACCUCCAUCUUUGGUGGAGCAACUCUUCUAUAACAGCCUUCAACGACAAAACGCAAUGUAUGAUUGACCAGUACAACGGUUACCACUGGGAGGAGGCGGGGCUCAAUGUACGAGGUAAGAGGACUCUGGCAGAAAACAUCGCAGACAACGGAGGAAUACGAGAGGCGUUCAGGGCGUACCGGCGGUGGGUGGAUCAGAGCAGAGGUGGAGUAGAGGAGCCUCUGCUGCCUGGGGUCGGACUCAACAACAACCAACUGUUCUUCCUCAGCUAUGCACAUGUGAGAUGUAACGCAUACAGAACAGAAGCAGCGAGGGAACAGAUCCAAAGCGGCGCGCACAGUCCGCCAAAAUACAGAGUCAUCGGAGCCAUGAGUAACUACGAAGAGUUCAGCAAAGCCUUCAGCUGCCCCGAGGCGUCGGUUAUGAACCGAGGCGCAAAGUCCUGCCGGGUGUGGUGACCUUUGACCUCAGCUUGGCCCCGAACCAGGCCAGAGCUAACGGCGGGACGCUACAGUUAGCCUGCACAGGUUUCCAGACAUGAGAACAGCUGGUAAAUGAAGACCAGCUCUUCUCACAGUAGCAUUUACACCCUAACAGACACACGUUGGGGUACGAAGUGAGAUUUUACCGACUGAAGCCAUUUUUAAUAAUCUGCUGUUGUUGUAUUUUGUUACUGCAGCAGUGGAAAUGUUAUUUUUAAAGGGGUCAUAUUUUGCUAAACCCACUAAUAUUAGUCUUUGGUUCAUUUAUUUGUGUAUUUGGACCCUAAUAGUUCAUAAAGUUUGAAUUUGAACCCUCCAGGUGCUGCAAAACUAUUUUUAUAUUAAUUUUGGCAAUAAUCAAGUGGAUUUCUACAACCUGAUUCAAUUCCUUCUUAAUUUGCUACGUUUUAUAACUAAUUAUGUCAAAACAUUUGCACAUAUACUGUUCAAGACUUCCAACGAAAAUUUCUCCGAGUACGACAUAAUUGUUUGUCAGCAGCAACGGUUGUAGUAAAAACUGAAAAUAUGUCCAAACUUCAAUCCAAUUACCUUAAAUAUUCAGUCGUUGGUUGAACAGGACAGAGCAGCACAGCCAACUAACUACCUGGAGGGGGCGGGACUUCAAGUGGCUCAUUUGGAUUUAAAGGGCCAGCGCUCAAAACAACCUUUCUGGUGUCAUUAUU